AUGGAGUCUUCGGUGGUUUUUCCGCUCCUUAUCCUGAUUUUUCUGCCAGGGAUUUGCUCCCUAGCCGGGAUUGCCUGUCGAAUAGCAGUAAAGCUGAAUGUCCAGGUGACCUAUCUGUACCGUUGUUCCAGUUGUCCUGCUUCCUUUGAUCCCGAGCACUCUGCCUUGGAACUGGAACUCCAUCGCUGUGUGGGCAGUCGAUUACCCACGGUCACGAGGAACAUCGAGGCCCAUGAAGUGGAACCAUUGCGAAACACGGACAGCCUGAGCAUCUUUCACAUCCCAGCGGGCGAGGGGGGAGAUGCCCUGGUUCGCCGCAUCCUGGACAUGUUGAAUCCCCGCCAGCCGCGCAAGCAUCUGCACAAGUACCUGUUUAUUUGGCCAGGAGCCAGGAGAAAUCAGUUAUUACAACUGUUCAGAGGCAGCUGGGCCAAGAAACUGCUCUAUGGACUGGCCAUAACGGGCAAGGAUAACGGACUCUUUGACUUUGAUCCCUUUGCAGAGGGGGGCCUACAGGUGGUGCAUCGUUCGGCGGAGGAUCCCUAUUACCCCCUGAAGAUGAAUAACCUCAGGGGCUACCCGUUGCGUUUCUCCAUGUUCACGGAUCCCCUGAUGGCGGUGCCCAGAUAUCCCGUGGAGACGGCCGGCUACAAGGCGAUCGAUGGAGUGGCGGCCCGAGUGGCUGCCAGGAUGUUGAAUGCCACCGUUACCUAUGUUCUCCCCGCCGACAAUGAAUCCUAUGGACGUUGUCUGCCUGGUGGCAAUUUCACCGGAGUGGUUAGAGAUAUAGUGGGUGGUCACACCCACUUUGCACCCAACUCGCGGUUCGUGCUCGACUGCAUCUGGCCGGAAGUGGAGGUGCUGUAUCCGUACACCCGUCGUGUACUCUACCUGGUGGUUCCCUCUUCCGAAAUUCAGCCGGAGUACCUGAUCUUCGUGCGCGUCUUCCGGCGUUCCGUGUGGCAUCUCUUGCUGCUGACCCUUUUGGUGGUGGUCCUGGUCUUCUGGGUGAUGCAGCGGCUGUACAAGAGGAUUCCCCGCCCGCGGCCAGUUGUCCAGUUUCAGGCCACCUGGUAUGAGAUCCUGGAGAUGUUUGGGAAAACCCAUGUGGGUGAACCAGCUGGAAGGCUCUCCUCCUUCAGCUCGAUGCGCACCUUUCUGAUGGGCUGGAUACUCUUCAGCUACGUCCUGACCACCAUAUACUUUGCCAAACUGGAAUCGGGAUUCGUGCGUCCCAGCUACGAGGAGCAGGUGGAUCGGGUGGAGGGUCUGGCCCAAUUGGAUGUUCAUAUCUACGCGGUGACCACCAUUUAUGAUGCAGUGCGACCGGCCCUGUCGGAGCACCAGUAUGGUCUGCUGGAGAACCGCAGUCGCCAGUUGCCCCUGGGUCUGACCACUUCCUAUUACCAAUUGCUGGUUUAUCGCAGGGAUCGGCGGGCGGCCUUUAUAAUGCGCGAUUUCCACGCCCGCGACUUCCUGGCCCUCAGCUAUAAUUCACAGGCGGAGCGACCCGCCUACCACAUAGUCAAGGAGUACCUGCGCUCCAUGAUCUGCACCUACAUUUUGCCCCGGGGAUCUCCCUUCCUGCAGCGCCUGGAGUCCUUGUUCUCGGGCUUCCACGAGCAUGGAUUCUUCGAGCACUGGCGUCAAAUGGAUCUGAUCACCCGGGAUGGAACCACGCCGAAUGCCGAGGAGUUCUACGAGGAUCUGGGCGACCAGACGGACACGGAUCCCGCCGCCAACGAGGCGGGAAUGCGUCACAAAAAGCGGGUGGUGCUCACCCUGGACAUCCUGCAGGGCGCCUUUUAUCUCUGGUCCGUGGGCAUUGGGAUUAGCUGCUUGGGAUUCGCUGUGGAGCAGGCUUAUUGCCUCUGGAGGGGUCAUAAACUACGGAUUUUGGAUGUAACUAGAAAUUCCAGAAAUAAUUAA